CCGCAAACUUGGAGCGGAAGUUGUGUUGUUGUUGUGUCGUGGGGGUUGAGCCCGCCGGUUCGAGCUAUUUAUGAUGCCUCGCUCGCUGUCUUUGUGUUUAUAUUCUGUGUGAAGUGGCGGGCUGGAUGGCGUAGUCAGACGCAGUGUUUUUUCGUCGCAUGUCGUUAUUUCAGGGUUUGGGCAGGGAUGGACUCGCUCUUUGGGACCGCGGCGAACAACGGAGCCUCCGGCAGAAAAACCGCCAAAAGCGGCAGCAAAAAGUGCAAAAACCGCUCAGCCAGAUAUCCAAAAGCAAGCAAUAAUCCGCCUUAUCUACCUCCAGAGGCUGAAGAGGGAAACAUUGAGUACAAGCUGAAGCUGGUGGACCCCACGCAGUACCGCUUCGAGCACCUGGCCACACAGAUGAAGUGGCGUCUGCAGGAGGGCCGCGGCGAGGCCGUGUAUCAGAUCGGGGUGGAGGACAACGGGCUGCUGGUGGGCCUGACGGAGGAGGACAUGAAGGCCUCGCUCCAAACCCUGCGCAGGAUGGCUGAGAGGGUGGGGGCAGACAUCACAGUUCUCCGAGAGCGGGAGGUGGAUUACGAGUCGGACGAGUCUCACAGGAUCGCUGAGGUGCUCAUCAGGAAAGUGCCAGAUGACCAGCAGUUCCUGGACCUGCGGGUAGCAGUGCUGGGUAACGUGGACUCAGGGAAGUCCACUCUGCUCGGUGUGCUCACACAAGGAGAGCUGGACAACGGGAGAGGAAGAGCACGACUCAACCUCUUCAGACACCUUCAUGAGAUCCAGACCGGACGCACCUCCAGCAUCAGCAUCGAGAUCCUGGGCUUCGACAGCAGAGGAGAGGUGGUGAACUACAGCGAGUCCCGAACGGCGGAGGAAAUCUGCGAGAGUGCCUCUAAAAUGAUCACCUUCAUAGACCUGGCGGGACACCACAAGUAUCUCAAGACCACCAUCUUUGGCCUGACCAGCUACUGUCCAGACUUUGCCAUGCUGGUGGUCAGCGCCAACACCGGCAUCGCGGGGACGACCCGAGAGCACCUGGGUCUGGCCAUGGCUCUGAAGGUGCCCAUCUUCAUCGUGGUGAGUAAGGUGGACCUGUGCACCAAAGGCACGGUGGAGCGCACCGUCCGACAGCUGGAGCGCAUCCUCAAGCAGCCGGGCUGCAACAAGGUGCCCAUGCUGGUGUCCUCCACAGACGACGCCGUCACGGCCGCACAGAAGUUUGCACAGUCACCCAGCAUCACCCCCAUCUUCACCCUGUCCAGUGUAUCAGGGGAGAGUCUGGAUCUGCUGAAGGUCUUCUUUAAUAUUCUACCUCCCCUCAGCAACAGCAAAGAGCAGGAGGAGCUCAUGCAGCAGCUCACCGAGUUUCAGGUUGACGAGAUCUACACCGUGCCAGAUGUGGGGACAGUAGUUGGUGGGACUCUUUACAGCGGGAUCUGCCGCGAGGGCGAGCAGCUGGUGGUGGGACCCACAGACGACGGAGAGUUUCGUGAGCUGACCGUGUGCAGUAUCCAGAGGAAUCGCUCCGGGUGCAGGGUGCUGAGAGCUGGACAGGCCGCCACUCUGGCGCUGGGAGAUUUCGACCGGUCACUAUUACGAAAGGGAAUGGUGAUGGUCAGCCCAGAGAUGAACCCCACUAUCUGCUGGCGCUUUGAGGCUGAGAUCGUUUUACUCUUCCACGCCAAAACUUUCCACAAGGGCUUCCAGGUGACGGUGCAUGUGGGCAACGUUAGACAGACGGCCACGGUGGAGGCUCUGCAGGGAAAGGACGAGCUGCGCACCGGAGAGAAGGCCGUGGUGCGCUUCAGGUUCAUCAAACACCCCGAGUAUCUGAAGGUGGGCGCCAAGCUGCUCUUCAGAGAGGGAGUCACCAAAGGCAUCGGCCAGGUCACCAAACUCCAGCCUGCGUCACAGCACCCAUCCAAAACAGCCCCGAGUCAGUCCUGUGAAGCUUGAACACGGCCGCCACUUCAGAGGAGCUCCGUCGCACAGACGUCCACUCGUCGUGCCUUUAACUCGGUUUACAGUCAUCCAGACAGCACUGAAUAACACUGUCUGCCUUUAUAAUCACAGUUAUUCACUAACCAAAGGACAGAGAUCAAGCUUAAAGACAUCCGUUUAGCUAGUUUGGUCGUUUUUAUUACCGAUGUCAAUGAAGAAUCUCGUGGCAGCUACAGUCGUGAGUCAAAUCAUCGCUCUGCUGUACCAAACGCCAGAAAGCCGCCUCGCUGAUGUCUUUUGAUUUAUUUUAGCGUUUUCUAACGAGGUUUUUUACUCCAGCUUUAACAGCACAGGCUUUCGGUCUCUGCUAGAAGUCACCAAGUGUUCCUGCGUUCCUUGUGACGCUUCAGAAGUCGGCGUCUGUUUCCGCCUGCACUCCAGUAGCUCAGGAAAGCAUUACGUUCACACAUCACUGAUUAUGCAAAGCAGUCUGUAUUCCUGCUCUAUCGCGCUUUCUCUCUUGGGUCACUAGUAUAGUGAGCUACACUGGUGCUAAGGCUUGUGAUUGGUUGUUUUUAGAUGUUUGUUAGCUAGCGCUGUCCUGUAACCAUCGCAUGCAUGUUGGUCUCAGUACUGAAACACAUAUCAGGACACGUUCACGCUCCAGUUUCUACUAUAUCACUGUUCUGUGUGCAAUUUUAGAAGUAAAAAAUGUAUUUGAACCAAAAAAAAAAAAAAAAAAGA